AUGGAGCCAAAUGACGAUGAACUGGAGUCUUUUCGCCGUCAAUGGCGGGAAGAGGUCUCUGCACGGGCUAGAGCGGCUGCUUCUUUGCGGCCAAAAUCUCAGCAACAGGACUCUCAGCAGCCUCCCGAUGUAGAUUUAAGUCAUAGAUUGCCCCCGCGCCAUCUGGCUGCUGGCCAGGCAGAGUACGAAGAACUGGUGACAACAGGGGCACAAUCUGCACCUCACGCACAUGAACAGUUGGUAGACCCAUUACGGACGUUACAUGUCACGUCCGGCGAUGACGACUCUUUCCAUCGCCCGCCGGAGAGACAGCCAACCUCCGCGCUCGAUCACUUUGAAGCUGCGGCGCUGAAGGAAGCCCAGGGGAGUCUUAGAACAAGUUUAGAUUUGUACAGAAAAGCUUAUAGGCUUGACUCCAUGGUUGACCAGCUUUACCGAGCAAAGUACUGUACUCCCUCCCGGAAAAUAGCUGGUAUCACCCCUCCGGGCGAGCCAGCGGCAGUCCCAAACCCCCCCCGUAAUUCACAGGAGGAACCCAUUCUGUCUACGCCGGAGUUGAUAGCUUCCUUUGCUUCCUGUCCUAUCGUCGGUGCGGACCCGAUGAUCGAGAAUACACCCCCACCACCCUGUCCCAUCUCAAAAGUCCCGUCCGAAGUGCUUAUAGAAAUUCUCUGCCACGUGGCUCUUCUGGACCCAGCUGCCUUCAGAAGCUUGUCACUUGCUUGCAAGAGACUGGCAUACCAUUUUGUCUCAGAGCAGCAUAUAUGGAAGAGACUCUGUCAGGGUUCCGAGUUUGGCUUCGGGGCGAUGCACUAUGACUUCUCAUGUGAUGUGCGAUGGCGCCGGAUACAUUCAUUUUCGCCGAAGUUUACGCUUUUCCCCUUUGAUCAGGCCCUUUGCGUGAUUCCAAAACCCUUUUUAUCCUGGAGUCAGGUAUUCCAGACCUUUCCACGGAUCAGAUUUACUGGGAUAUACAUCAGCACAGUAAACUACACACGCCCAGGUGCCAAUUCUACACUGCAAAAUAUCUCCUGGAAUACUCCGAUUCAUAUCGUGACUUACUAUAGAUAUCUGCGCUUCUACCCCGACGGAAGCGUAGUUUCACUUCUGACAACUACCGAACCCAUCGAUGUCGUCCCACAUAUGAGCAAAGAGAACCUCGAAACCCUCUUUGUUGGAACGAACGCCCACCGUCGACACCAGCAUAGCGCUUCAGACAAGGCUUCAGCGGGAGCUCCUCUUGCCAACCCAAUCCCCCAAGUCGCCGCUGCCGCACUGAAAAGCUGUCUCCGUGGCCGAUGGCACCUUAAUAACCCUUACCCGCCGCCGCUUGUGCCUGAGCUUCCUGAAGUGUCGACUGGCCCUUCAGCUACAACAACGCAAGCAGCCCCUGCAAACCCCACUCCACCGCCCAGCAGGUUUAUAUCAGCAUCCACCACAACCUCCGCAGCUGGCAGCAGUAAUGUAAUGCCGGACCCCCGCGACCUGUUCAUCGAAACCGAAGGUGUAGACCCUAAAUAUACCUAUACAAUGCAUCUGGCACUGCGAUCGACUGCUGGUGGUCGCGCGGUGGGUGGGAAUGCGCCAUUACCGUCAAACCCAUCGAAAAAUACGAAGCUGGUGUGGAAGGGAUUUUGGAGCUAUAAUCGACUCACGGACGAUUGGGCUGAGUUUGGGUUACGGAAUGAUAAGGCUUUUGUGUUUAGAAGGGUUAAGGGGUGGGGAAUGGAAUAG